UGGUUGGUUACGACGGGCUUUGCUAACUAGCUUACGGCAAUACCAGCCUUUCCCACUCAAACAUGAUGAGGAGGACGCCGCCGGCGUUUUAGUGGCACAACAACCUGCUUGCCAACCUACAUGGGACAACGUUGCCAAGAUAGCCGGCGAAGAAUAUUUGAACUCGAUGAAUUGACACCCGAAACGUGUAUAUAAAUUCGUCCAGAAGAACCACCAACAUGGACGACCCCAACAAACCUCAGCGCAAAAUGUCCACAGCAGGGGACAGCCUGUACAAAAUGUUGGGCUUGCAGAAAGGAGCAUCGCCUGAGGAGAUAAAGAAAGCUUACAGGAAGCUGGCGCUGCGGUACCACCCGGACAAGAACCCCGACAACCCCGAAGCGGUGGAGAAAUUCAAGGAGAUCAACAACGCUAACUCCAUCCUGAGCGAUGAGAACAAGCGUAAGAUCUACGACGAGUACGGCUCCAUGGGCCUCUAUGUGGCAGAGCAGUUUGGCGAUGAUAGUGUCAAGUACUACUUCCUCAUGUCCAAGUGCUGGUUCAAGACCCUGCUGGUGUGUUGCGGCAUCUUCACCUGCUGUUGCUGCUUCUGCUGCUGCUGCUUCUGCUGUGGCAAGUGCAAGUCUUCCGAGGAGGACGAGAGAGAUUUCUACGUGGACCCGGAGGACUUGGAGGAGAACCAGGAGAACCAGGAGCAAGAGGAAGCAGGAGACACUGUAAUUGUUAUUCAGCCCAGCUCGUCCGCCGACGCUUCGGGCAAAGCUGACGCCGCUACGUCAGGCGAGGAUACGCCCAUCAUGAGUCAGCCCCACUCCGGCAACGGCUCCACCUCCGUCGCCGCCAUAGAUCUGAUGCUCGAGGACUGAAUCACUGCCUUGACAAAAAAAAAA